UCUCUCACGGAGGCGGAGCUAAAAUGCUCCAACUCACACAAAUGUGUCCUGUCUGUCAGACCGAUCGGGGAGAGCGGCCAGGGAGGAGGAUCAGACUGUCACCGGAUUACUGAAGAUUAGCACAGGGACCCAUCCAGAGGCGACGGGACGGACAUAGCCUUAAGGACCUUAAGGUCAGCAGCUGCACUCUACUCUUUCCUCAUUAUGGCUGAGACUAAGGGAAAGUUUGACUUUGCCAUCGACCGAGGUGGUACCUUCACAGAUGUGUUUGCACGUCUGCCUGAUGGUCGUGAGAGAGUCCUUAAACUGCUAUCCAAGGACCCACAGAAUUACAAAGACGCUCCCACUGAGGGGAUCCGGCGGGUCUUGGAAGAGGAAACCGGACAGCUCUUUCCUCGUGAUCAGCCCGUUGACACCUCCCUGAUUGGCUGGAUCAGAAUGGGCACUACUGUAGCAACCAAUGCCCUGCUGGAGAGGGAAGGAGAACGGACCGCACUCCUAGUCACAAAAGGCUUCAAGGACCUGCUGCACAUUGGCACACAGGCCAGGCCCAAACUUUUUGAUUUGGAGGUCGCCGUCCCUGAUGUGCUUUAUGAGGAAGUCAUAGAGGUGGAUGAGCGAGUCGUCCUCUGUCAAGAAGAUUGCCAGCUACCCAGGAAAGAUCCCAAACGUAUUGUAACAGGCAGUACAGGCGAUUCUCUGGAGGUGUGGCAGGAAUUGGAUCUGGAACAAGUGGAAAAAGACCUGAGAAGAGUUUUAUCCCGCGGCAUCUCCACCGUCGCAGUCCUCCUCCUGCACUCAUACACCUGGUCUGAUCACGAGAAAGCAGUGGGCUCUCUCGCCCGUCGUCUGGGCUUCACUCAGGUGUCUCUCUCCAGCGAGGUCAUGCCGAUGGUACGGGCGGUCCCUCGGGGCUACACGGUCUGUGCAGAUGCCUACCUCACACCUAAAAUUCAUCAGUAUUUAAAAGGAUUCAUUGCUGGCUUUGAAGGUGGUCUGAAGGAUGUGGAUGUCUUGUUCAUGCAGUCAGAUGGAGGUCUGACCCCCAUGGAGCAGUUCUGUGGCUCCCGAGCCAUUCUGUCCGGCCCUGCAGGGGGCGUGGUGGGAUACGCCAUCACCUCUUACAGCCAAAUGGAGAAAAGGCCUGUGAUUGGCUUUGAUAUGGGUGGAACCUCCACCGAUGUGAGUCGCUAUGCAGGACAAUAUGAACACGUGUUUGAGGCAACAACAGCUGGAGUCACCCUGCAAGCGCCUCAGCUGGACAUCAACACCGUGGCUGCAGGCGGAGGGUCCCGACUCUUUUUCAGAUCAGGGAUGUUUGUCGUGGGACCAGAAUCUGCAGGUGCACAUCCAGGACCGGCUUGUUACAGGAAAGGUGGCCCUCUGACUGUGACCGACGCUAACUUAGCUCUGGGUCGCCUCCUUCCUUCGUUCUUUCCAAAGAUCUUCGGCCCGGCAGAGAACGAACCGCUGUCCUUGGAAGAGACCAUGAAGCAUUUCCACCAUCUCACUGAGGAGAUCAACAUCUUCCUGUCUGCAAGCCAGGUGGCAGCCAAUGGGUCCAACAAGUCCCAGAACAACACGGUGCCAAACAGCCAAUCAAAGAUGAGCAUGGAAGAGGUUGCAAUGGGAUUCGUUCGUGUCGCUAACGAGGCAAUGUGCCGACCAAUCAGGGCUCUGACACAGGCAAAAGGUCAUGAUACAUCUCAGCACGUGCUGGCGUGUUUCGGUGGUGCAGGGGGUCAGCAUGCCUGCGCUAUAGCCCGAGCUCUGGGAAUGAAGACUGUCUUUAUCCAUAAAUACAGUGGUGUGUUGUCAGCGUACGGUCUGGCCCUGGCAGAUGUUGUGGAAGAGGUGCAGGAACCGUGCUCCCUGAAGUAUGAGCAGCAGUGUUUCAGCGAGCUCAACCGCAGGAUGGAGCAGCUCUGCAGACGCUGCCGCGACACGCUCUGCGCACGUGGCUUCUCAAGCGCUCAGAUAACCACUGAGGUUUUUCUCCACCUGCGUUACGAAGGCACCGACUGCGCUCUCAUGGUCACAGCUGACGGUUAUCCCGGCCACGCCCACUCCUGUCAAGCAGGCGACUUCUGCAGCGCCUUCACCAAACGUUAUCUGAAGGAGUUUGGGUUCACCAUCCCAGACAGACCCAUCUUGGUGGAUGACAUCAGAGUGAGAGGCUGUGGGAAAUCUGGGAUCAACUCCGUGCAUAAAUCAAAGAUGGGACACACACAAGCCAAACCUGUCAUGAUGACCAAGUGUUACUUUGAAGAUGGUUACAUGGACACCAGUGUGUAUCUGUGGGAGGAACUGCCAGGUGGUAACAGCAUCCAAGGACCGGCCAUCAUCAUCGACAAAAACAGCACCAUCCUGGUGGAGCCAUCCUGUGAAGCCUGUCUUACAGAAGAAGGCGACGUCUGCCUGACUGUAGGCUCAGACCCUCAGUGUGCUAUGGGCACUGAGCUCAACACCGUGCAGCUCUCCAUCUUCUCCCACCGCUUCAUGAGCAUAGCGGAACAGAUGGGCAGGGUCCUACAGAGAACCUCCAUCUCUACAAACAUCAAGGAGCGUCUCGACUUCUCCUGUGCUGUAUUUGGGCCCGACGGAGGUCUGGUGUCCAACGCGCCACACAUCCCUGUCCACCUGGGGGCCAUGCAGGAGACUGUCCAGUACCAGAUCAGAUCACUGGGAAACAAGCUAAAAGAAGGAGACGUAAUCUUGAGUAACCACCCGUGUGCUGGCGGCAGCCAUCUUCCAGAUCUGACAGUCAUCACACCGGUGUUUAGAAAAGGAGUCAACAGGCCUGUGUUCUUUGUGGCCAGCAGGGGGCAUCAUGCUGACAUCGGGGGCAUCACUCCAGGCUCUAUGCCUCCCCACUCCACUUCCCUUCAGCAGGAGGGGGCAGUCUUUGUUUCAUUUAAGCUUGUCACUGGGGGUGUCUUCCAAGAAGAAGCCGUCACUGAAGCUCUAAUGGCUCCGGCUCAGUACCCCAGCUGCUCUGGGACUCGUAAUCUCCACGACAACCUGUCAGACCUGCGAGCUCAGGUGGCAGCCAAUCAGAGAGGUAGCAAGCUAGUGGGAGAGCUGAUUGACUGCUACGGGUUAGAUGUGGUCCAUGCCUACAUGGGAUACAUCCAGAGUAACGCUGAGCUGGCUGUUAGGGACAUGCUUAGAGAGUUCGCACAGCGACGACGGCUGCAGAAGACCGGCUCCUUGGAAGUGGAAUCAGAAGAUUUUAUGGAUGAUGGGACACCGAUCCGACUUCGGGUUCAGAUUAAUGAAGAAGAGGGCAGCGCGAUGUUUGACUUCACGGGCACAGGAAUAGAAGUGUGGGGGAACUGCAAUGCUCCGCGAGCCAUCACCCUGUCUGCUCUCAUCUAUUGCCUGCGCUGCAUGGUCGGACAGGACAUCCCCCUUAAUCAGGGUUGCUUAAUGCCAAUUAAAGUGAUCAUCCCCCCCGGCUCCAUCCUCCAGCCGUCCCAGAAUGCAGCUGUGGUUGGAGGAAACGUGCUAACAUCUCAGAGAGUGGUUGAUGUCAUAUUUAAGGCAUUUGAGGUGUGCUCUGCCUCACAGGGCUGCAUGAACAACGUUUCCUUCGGCAGUGAGAGAAUCGGCUAUUACGAGACGGUAGCUGGGGGAGCGGGGGCAGGGCCCAGCUGGCACGGGCGAAGCGGUGUCCACUCUCACAUGACCAACACCCGCAUCACUGAUCCAGAGAUUUUGGAAAAAAGGUAUCCAGUCAUUUUAGAGCAUUUCUCUCUGCGACCCGGCUCAGGAGGUGCAGGGAAGUACCGGGGAGGCGAGGGUGUCAUCCGUAAACUUCUGUUCAGGAACAAGGUUGUCCUGUCUGUCCUGACGGAAAGACGAGCCAUCCGCCCCUACGGCCUUAAGGGGGGUGAGGAUGGAGCAGCGGGGCUCAACCUGCUGCACAGAGCGGAUGGUCGAAUCCUCAACCUGGGAGCAAAGACCAGCAUCAGCCUUGAGCCAGGGGACAUGUUCUGCCUCUACACCCCUGGAGGAGGUGCAUUUGGGAGCGAGGAGGACCUGAAGAACGGUGGACCUCAGAGCAAGAGAAGGCGUCUGCCUGACACGUUCACUGAGAGGGGGAGCGUCUUUGAAUACAGAAUGGCUCAAGAGGGAGUCUAAAGAUAAAUAAUAAAGAACGGGUAGGCCAGAGGAGAAAAAUCCUGCGAAAUAAGAGCCAGACACAGUUAAGCCAUGUUUACCAACAAAAUAAAUAAAAAUAACAAAGGUAAAACUGUGACAGCUAUACUUUUUAGCAUUAUAGUGUUAGAAAUAAAGAUGUCAUUAAAGGUUUGAUUCGAAAGCUCAAUUCAGACUAAACGAAUUUUCCGGAUCUGCACCAAUGUUCCUCGGGUAAAUUUCACCUUCUGUGUUUGUUGGAAAUAUAAUCCUGAAACCACAUGCACAUGUUUCACACAUCAAACUGUUCUAAGAUUAACCCUUUCUAAAGCAACAAUCUGAUGGUGUGUUCUUUGUUUAAAGGGUUGGACAAAUAAAUCCCAUUUGUUACAGAAAA